GCAAAUACUGACUUCCUGGAACCCUUCACUUCCCUCCAUGGCAUCUGAAAGCAACUGGAAGAGUCAGAGUUUGGGAAACUGUAGAAGAAAGGCACUGAAGCUUGGUCAUGCAGGAAUCUGAACAUCAGAAGCCUCAAAAGUCAGGACCUGCAGGAACAGGGAAACAGCCAUCAAUGGCUUCAGCAAUCUUGGCCAACAUAAAGGAGGAGGUGACCUGCCCCAUCUGCCUGGAGCUCAUGACAGAACCUAUGAGCAUAGACUGUGGACAUAUCUUCUGUCAAGCUUGUAUCACCUCAAGCUAUAAAUUCAACAUGGGCACAGGAUCGGAGAGCAAUUGUCCUGUGUGUCAAAGCCCUUACAACUUUGAGGACUUACGACCUCAUCGACACAUGGUCAACAUAGUGCAGAGUCUCAAGAAAGCCACGUUGAGCUCAAAGGAGCAGAAUGUGCAUCAUUGUCCACAGCAUGGUGAGAAACUCCAGCUCUUCUGUAAGGAUGAUGAGGAGGUGAUUUGCUGGCUUUGUGAGCGAUCUCAGCAGCACCGUGGUCACAACACAUGCCUCUUGGAAGAGGUUGCCCAGGAGUAUUCACAGAACAAGCUCCUGGCAGCUCUGGACAAGCUGAGGAAGAACAAGGAAGAAUCUGAGAAGUGGAAAGAUGAACUCCAACAAGACAAAAUUUCUUGGCAGACUCAAAUACAGGGCAAGAUACAAAAUGUUCAGGCUGAUUUUACACAGUGGAGAGGUAUCCUGGACACUGAGGAGGAGAAAGAACUCCAAAAGCUGAAAAAGGAGGAGGAAGAUGGUUUGCAAACCCUGGCAGUGUCAGAAAAUGAGCUUACCCAGCAGAGCACGCAUGUGACUAAGCUCAUCUCAGAUGUGGAGCGUCUGUUAGAAGGGUCCACCAUGGAGAUGCUGCAGGAUGUGAAUACCAUCAUGAGAAGAUGUGAACUCUUGACAAUGAAGAAGCCAAUACCUUUCCCCAAGAAAGAACAGACAGUGUUCCCAAUAACUGGUCUGAGAGGAGUGCUGCAAGCGUUUCAAGAGCUGACUGAUGCCCGCCAAUACUGGGUGCACCUGAGAGUGACUACAAAUGACGAUUCAAGAAUUGACAUUUCUAAGGAUCAAAGAAAAAUAAGAUACCAGUAUACUCCUGUCUUUUUCACAGAAGAACCUUUUUCAAUUUCUAGAGAUCAUUUUUUCCCCGCUCAGAAAGUUCAUAAGAAAGUUUUAGGUUUUUCACAAAAUGCAUUUCAAUUGCCAGGAAAUAAUUCACCUCUCCUAGGAGUCCUAGGUGCCCUCGUAAUCACAUCAGGGAAGCACUACUGGGAGGUAGAUGUGUCUAAGAAAACAUCCUGGCACCUGGGGUUAAGUGAUGGAAGACACUUCAGACGCAGGCCAAGUCAUAAUCAUACUAUUUAUGAAGUUCCUCGACCAAAACUUGGUUACUGGAUUAUAGGGAUGGAGAAUAAAUCUGAGUAUAAAGCUUUCGGGGAGGAUCCUACCACCCAUUCUCCUUUGUCCUUGCCCCUGUCUUUGCCUGUCGCUCUUGAACGUGUUGGGGUUUUUGUAGACUACCAGGCUGGCUCAGUCUCAUUUUACAGCACUACAUACAAUGCAUUUCUCAUCUACAAGUUCACUAACUGUGCCUUUCCCCAUGAAGUCUAUCCAUAUUUCAAUCCUUUACAAUGUCCAGAGCCAAUGAUUCUAUGCUGAUCCAGCUCUUAAGCUUUUUUACCCCCUUUGACACUUCUGCGCACUGUCCCUGGCCCUGGUGUGUGUUCCAUGCAUCUGAUCCCCUCUGUGCUUCUUGAAACAUCUUCUCCUCCUUACUUGAGUCUUUCUGAUUCAAUGUCCUUCACUUAUAACUAGGAUGUACACCUUUCUAUGGGCCAGAUUCUUCCUGAUACUGUGUUUGUUUGGGAGAUAAUCUUAUUUCAUCAUUCCUAAUAUCACAGCCCUUUUCUCUCUGCCACUGACAGAAAAUGCAGAGUUGUUUCAACAAGGUUUUUGUGUCAUUGAAAGACUAUAUAUAUAUAGGAAUCACUCCCUUAAAGAAGGAGCCCUUAGCAGUGUCUUAGCUUUACUCUCAGACUCUUUAUUCAUCAAGGAGAAAAGUGUCACAAAUGAUCUAGACCAAGAAGCAGAUUCUGUGUACAUUGUGGUUUUAACUCAUGUCCCCUCUCAAAUGUAUUUGCAGUGUAAACUGGAUUAAAAUAUUGAAACGUUGUGUGUA